AUGCCAUGUGCAUCAGCCCAGAUCUUAACUUGUGACAGUCCCUGGCAGUGGAUGUGCUAUAAUGGCCAGUGUAUUGCCCAGUAUGAUCUGUGUAAUGGUAUUGCACAGUGUACUGAUGGAUCCGAUGAAAUAGACUGUAAUAAAAGGAAAUGGCAGGAUAAUGGGUACAUGAAUGUGCCCGGCGAGGAACAAAUGAAAUCAGCGAUUUGGUCUGGAAUGGAUAAGGUUAGUCCAACCAGUGCUACUACUACAUCUUUAUUUUCAUCUGUGCUGUUUAAUGAAUGGCUUAUCGCUGUGGUUUCCAUCCUGUUCAUCAUACUACUGGUGGUGAUCGUCCUGCAGUGCCGACGACAACGAACUGGUCUAGCCCGUAGUAAUCGUGCAUACGGUAUAAGGAGAAGUUUAAAUAUUGGGCAAAAUGACGGCGAGGAUGAAGACUUACUGAUAGGUUCACUUUAUUCCUAA